AUGCCCGCGGCACAGAAAUGCAUCUUUUUUUGCCUGCUGGUCUUAGUUGAUGCUGACCAGGCUGACCCAUUGUUGGGUGAUUCUUGCGUUGUUGCAUACGGAGAAGAUAUCGAGAAGUGGAGAACUCUGUCAGAUGUACCUACUGUGUAUUCUCCAAGGAGUCACAGACCUGAUUGGUAUUGGGAAGCCAUCCUGGAACAUCAGCGAAACGGCAGCAGAUCCGAUAGAGUUGCAAACCUGCAGCUGGAUGACAUAGGCUACGGGGAUCCCUGGCUUGAGGUGCUGUUUGGGCAGGCGCAGGAAGGAAUUCUGGGAUGCUCUGUUCACGGCGGCAGGUAUUGGGAAGCCAUGGUGGACGUGGUGCAGCUUCGGGACUUGGUGCCAUCCGCAAACCUGUCUAAAUUUCUGGAGGGCGUGACUCGAAUCACACCAUCAUCAGGCCUGAAAGCCGCAAUUCUUGCAGGAUUCGUCCCACCAAGCUUAAGAGUAGCCAUGUGCACUCCGUACGACUGCACGGAAGACAUGAUCGUCAAGAGACUUUUUCCGGAAUUUGAGGCAAGGAAGUUAUUUGGAACAGAAGCUGGAAAGCUGCUAGAAGGAGCCAUUCUUACAGAUGCUGUUAAAAUCGAGGAGGUGCUGAACUGGCCAUCUUUGCAGUUGGACUUUGCCAUUGCGGGCGUUGACAACUGUGGCACCACAUCGUUGCACCGAAAUCUGGACCAGCAUCCAGAGAUCGUUUUCCCAAGUCACAAGGAAGACUUCUUCUUCGUUACUGAAGUGGUCCAUCGCCUUCUGCCGUUGAAGUCGCAGGUUGAGGAUUUCAAUCACCGAAUGGAGCUGGCGAAACAAAAGAAGCUGCAGGAGAUCACUGAGACUGGGGUUCGGCCACGCCUUGCCGGCAUUUGUUCCCCGGGUCUCUUCAGCUAUGGCCUUGCAAGGAUGAGUUUGGCACUGGUGAGGGCCAAGGUGAUCAUGACUGUUUGUGAUCCACUUGGGCGCUUGGAGCGGCAUUUCAUGGAGUACAACUAUUGCCAUAAUGGCAGCUUGGAGAGAGCGCAGGAACAGAGUCUGGCAUCCGUUGCAAGUACGCGGGAAGGUUGCUUCCCAAGUGCUUCAGCCAUCUGGGAAGCACGCGAUACUGGCCAGAUGCAGCGACUGAGAGAUGCCACCACUACAGCACAGCAUUUGCAGACGAUGCAGGCUCUUUUCACUGGCCGCAUGCUACCUUUGCACAAAGACUUCCUUCGUCAACCCGCAAAAACGUAUUCGCUUGUUGCAGACUUUCUUGGGGCAAGGUAUGCGUACCCUGAAGGUACCACAUUUGGUCGUUUCAACGUUGUCGGCGGACAUCGCACAGACCUGUGCAGAAAUCGAUCGCUAGUUCGUCGACUGGAGAGAAUGCUGGAGCCAGAGUACCAGGCUCAGGUUUUGUUUCUCCGCCAUGGUGGAAGCCCGGUGCCUGACAGCCUUAAUCACCGUAUUUCACGCUGCAAGUCUGCUGCUAUGGCUGAGCUUCGCUGUCCCGGGCGCGAGAAUGCUUGCUGA